AUGUCCGAAAAACUGGGAGCCAUGGGUGGUAACUUGGGAGAAACAUUCGACGAUGGUGUUUUUGACGGUGUGAAGAAAAUAACUGUUGGAAAAGACCUUGACAGUGUAACUUAUAUCAAGAUCGAGUACGAAAAAGACGGAAAACCUGAAACUCGUGAACAUGGGACGAUUCGUGGAGAACUUAAAGAGUUUGCGGUGAAAUAUCCAAAUGAAUAUAUCACAUCCGUUGGUGGAAGCUACGAACAUGUAUUCAAAUAUGGAACCGAGCUGAUCAAAUCGUUGAUCUUCAAAACUUCCUCUGGAAGAACCUCUCUACUUGGUCAUAGGACGUUAAGUGGAAAUCCAGAUGUGGAGGAGUUCAUGCUUGAGGGUAAAAAUGGAGGAAAGCUUCUCGGUUUCCAUGGACGUUGUGGUCAAGCUCUUGAUGCCAUUGGCGCUCAUUUCGGAACUGGUUCUGGUGGAGGAAACCUUGCCUCUCUUCCCACUCCAGCUCCAGGUCUCGCUCAUGUUGGUGGACCACAGAAGUUGGAAGCACAAGGAGGUAAGGGAGGAAAACAAUGGGACGAUGGAGCAGAUCAUGACGGUGUGGUCAAGAUACACGUUGCACCUGGUGGUCUAGGGAUUGAGAACAUCAAGUUCGAUUACGUUAAAAAUGGAGGGACAAAAGAAGGAUUUUUUCACGGUGUGAAGGCUAGAGGUUUCAUUACAACGAUUGAAAUUAGCCAUCCCGAUGAGUAUCUUGUUUCUGUAGAGGGUUGGUAUGACUCUUCCAAUACCAUUCAAGGAAUCAAGUUUGAAACCAACAAAAACACUUCGGAUGUGAUUGGAUAUGGUUUUUCUGAAGAUGGUAAACCAUUUGCACUUCAAGUUAAGGACAAGAAGAUCGUUGGCUUUCAUGGUUUCGCUGAUUCUCGUCUCAAUUCGCUUGGAGCUUAUUUCACUCCCAUAUCUUCCUCGCCAUCUUCCAUUAAACUUCCAGAAAAAGGCAGAAACGGAGGAGUUUCUUGGGACGAUGGUGUUCAUGAUAACGGGUUAGAGUUGCUCUCCGGAGUGGGUCACGGGAAGUCAUUGCCCCGAACAAGAAAGUUUAUGGUUGAUCCAGAUGAUUACAUCACAUCUGUGAAAGUCUACUACGAGAAACUAUCUGGCUCGGAGACAGAGAUUAUAACAGCUCUUAUAUUCAAAACAUUCAAAGGCAAAACCUCUCAGCCGUUUGGAAUCACUUCACCGGAUAUAUCCUUGCUUGAAGGCGGAAAAAUCACCGGAUUCUAUGGAAGUUCAGGCGACUUUCUUCAUUCUAUCGGUGCUUAUAUGUCUCUCUCCUCUACUCCGAUGUUGCGUGGCAAGUGGAUUAAGGUGGAGCAAAAAAACAAGGGUCCUGGACCAAGAUGCUCAAACGCUAUAGCAAUGGUUGGAGACAAAAUGUACUCUUUUGGAGGAGAGUUAACCCCAAAUUUCCACAUCGAUAAACAUCUCUACGUUUUCGAUUUCAAGACUCACACGUGGGCGCUUGCUCAUCCAAACGGCGACGUUCCUGAACUCCCUUGUUUAGGCGUUUGCAUGGUAGCCAUCGGCACUACACUCUACGUCUUCGGUGGCCGCGAUGGCCACCGUAAUUACAGCGGUUUCUACUCUUACGACACGGUUAAAAGCGAGUGGAAACUCAUAACUCCUGUCGAUAAAGGACCUGCACCGCGUAGCUUCCACGCGAUGGCUGCUGAUGAAAAAAACAUUUAUGUCUUUGGUGGAGUAAGCUCUACGGUACGUGUCAACACACUUCAUGCUUACAACAUCGUUGAUCAGAAGUGGACUGAGCUUCCGAAUCCAGGAGAGUCUUGCGAAGGGAGAGGUGGAAUGGGGCUCGCGGUUGUGCAAGGGAAGAUUUGGGUUGUGUAUGGAUUUAACGGGGAUGAAAUGGAUGAUGUCCAUUGCUUUGAUCCUGUUGAAAGUAAGUGGACUCAAGUGGAAACAACGGGUGAAAAACCGUGGCCAAGAAGCGUGUUUGCGAUAGCAGUUGUGGGGAAAUAUAUAAUAAUGUCUGGUGGGGAGAUUGAUAUGGACCCAAUGGCUCAUUUGGGUCCGGGAAAAUUGAGUGGCGGGGCUUUCGUGUUGGACACGGAGAGUUUGUUGUGGGAGAAGCUCGAGGAAGGUCAUAGCCCACGUGGAUGGUGCGCGUCCACGACUGCAUCCAUUGAUGGAAAGAAAGGGUUGUUGAUGCAUGGAGGAAAGGCUCCAACCAACGGUCGUUAUGAUGACAUCUUUUUCUAUGGAGUAGACUAUGCGUGA